AUGGCCGGCCCCCAGCGGCCUACCUCCGGCCUUCCGACAAGGCGAACCACAACGCGCCAGCCUACUCGACGGGCGGGUUCUGCUGUGCCAGAGCGUCAAGCUUCAGCGCCAUCUCCAGCUAUUUCCACGAAGGGCCCUGCAGCUAGUCGGCUGCGCGGGUUGAAGUCACCAACCGAGCCUGCGAGCAUCAGUGCCAAGCGAAAGGAAAGGGACAUCGAACGCGAAAUCAACGAAGACACCAGUAUCCACGUUGUUGUACGAUGCCGAGGUCGCAAUGAACGGGAGGUUAAGGAGAACAGCGGAGUGGCUCUUCAGACCGAAGGUGUCAAAGGGAAAACUGUGGAGUUGUCGAUGGGCCCAAAUGCAGUAUCGAACAAAACCUAUACAUUCGAUAAGGUCUUCUCUGCUGCAGCGGAUCAAGUCACAGUAUAUGAGGAUUCUGUUUUGCCGAUCGUCACAGAGAUGCUUGCUGGGUAUAACUGCACCAUAUUUGCAUACGGGCAAACCGGAACCGGCAAGACGUACACUAUGUCUGGAGAUAUGACAGAUACACUAGGAAUCUUAUCUGACAACGCCGGAAUCAUUCCACGCGUUCUCUAUUCUCUAUUCGGCAAGUUAGCGGAGACAGAAAGCACCGUAAAAUGCUCUUUCAUCGAACUUUACAACGAAGAUCUUCGGGACCUACUGUCUGCGGAGGACAACCCAAAAUUAAAAAUCUACGAAAAUGAGAAAAAGGGCCACAUGAGUACCCUAGUCCAGGGUAUGGAGGAGACUUACAUUGACUCUGCGACGUCGGGUAUCAAGCUCCUCCAACAAGGGAGUCAUAAGCGCCAAGUUGCUGCGACGAAGUGCAAUGAUUUGAGUUCUCGGAGUCACACUGUUUUCACUAUAACGGUAAAUACAAAGCGAACGACAGAGUCAGGAGAGGAGUAUAUAUGUCCUGGGAAGUUGAAUCUUGUCGAUCUCGCUGGUAGUGAAAACAUCGGACGGAGCGGUGCUGAAAAUAAGCGUGCGGCCGAGGCCGGUUUGAUCAAUAAGAGUUUACUUACCCUUGGUCGAGUGAUCAACGCCCUUGUUGACAAAAGCUCACAUAUUCCGUACAGAGAAUCCAAGCUCACACGCUUGCUCCAAGACUCGCUCGGCGGACGGACAAAAACAUGCAUUAUUGCGACAAUCUCGCCUGCUAGGAAUAAUCUUGAGGAGACCAUCUCCACGCUUGAUUAUGCUUUCAGGGCCAAAAAUAUCCGGAACAAGCCUCAAAUAAACUCGACCAUGCCUAAGAAGACGCUUCUUCGCGAAUUCACGUCUGAGAUUGAGAAGUUAAAGGCUGAGUUGAUCGCGACGAGACAUCGGAAUGGCGUGUACAUGUCAGUGGAGUCAUAUGAAGAAAUGACCAUGGAGAAUGAUUCGCGAAAAAUUAUCAAUGAGGAGCAGCGGGCAAAAAUCGAAUCGAUGGAGUCCAGCCUCCGCCACAAGGUUCAAGAACUUUUUACACUGACGAGCAAGUUUAACGACUUGAAGAAAGACAACGAUGACACGCUAGCGGCCCUGUGCUCAACAAACGAUGUUCUACAGCAGACAGAUCUUGUCUUGCAAAAUACUAAGGAACAGUUGGAGGAAGAAGAGAUGUUGCGGAAUGCGCAUCAGAAGACAGAGCACCAGCUUCAUGACCUCGGAAUAGGAUUAAUAUCAACCUUGGGCCAAACUGUUGAGGACAUCAGCGGCCUACAUGCAAAGUUAGACCGCAAAGCCGAUUUGGACACCACUAACACGGAGAUGUGGCAAGUUUCAUCAACUGAGGUUUCUGAUGUGACAAAUCGGAUUGACCAGCGUGUUGAAACAUUUCAAACGGAACACUCGAAGCUCCUGGAAACCACUUCCACCAAAAUCAACGAUUUCAUUGCAAAUGAACUUUCUCAAAUCGAAGACACUCGACGCGACCUCUCUGGUUAUACGCGAUCUCUUGACAAUGCAUACAACAAUGCCAGGUCCGAAACAUCUGGCGCCCAUGACGACAUGAACAAUGUACUUGAGGAGAUCAAGGACUUGCGGGAGGAAGUUAAGUCGAAAGUGGGAGAGGGACUCAAUGGCCUGUCAGCCGCUGCGGCUCGGAUAUCUCAGGAAGUUAUUAGCGAAUUUACCGAGUUUCACGCUCAGCUCCAUACAUCCUACAGCAGUCUUGGAAAGGACCUGAAGUCGGUCUUCGAGACGAUGAAUGGGCACAUUGCGGAACAGAGGAAUGAGAUGGACAGGCUAAGGGUCGAACUUCAAACUGCAAACCGCGAAAAUAUUGAGAGCACCCACAAAGCUUCUUCCAAUCUUGCUCAGGCCCUUGAAGAGGAGCAGGUUGCGGCGGAUGCUGAGCGGGAUGUCUUAAUGUCUCAAAUCAAGGCACUAGUUGAGGAGUCCCGACAGAAGCAAUUUGGCCGACUCAAAUCAAAAAUUGAUACGGCUCGCACGGAUAUUUCGUCAUCGGGGGAGAUGUUAGAGCAAGCCACAACGCAUCAUGAUCGCCAGGUCGACGAAUGGGUCUUCAAGUCUGAACAAUUUGCCAAAGAUGUCAAUGCGUCCAAGGAUGAGGUGAAAGCAAGGCUACAAAACGAUUGGGAGGCCUUCGAACAGCGCAAUUCGUCUAUUCAGAAGACAACUGAGUCGGUUCACAAGGAGACAGUCCGAAUUGUAGACACCCAGAUGGAAGAUAUGGGAAGACAAAUGGAAGCUCUGGAUGAUUUUGUGGCCAAGGCACGAUCUCAGAAUGGUCGUUAUCGUGAUGCCCACAUUACUACUCUCGACACGAUAGCGUCCAAUGUACGCGGAUCGUACUCUUCGGUUCAAGGGCAGGCUGACGGCUUGAGUGACCGAAUGAACCAGCUUCAGGAAGAAGCAACACAACAUCAUGCAUCUCUGGAGGGAUCGAUCGCUCCAUUAUCUGACGAUGUCCGAAAGCCCCUUUCAGACCUCUCUGCUGCCAUCCUGAAUCGUUCUUUUGAGGAAUAUGUCACUACUGGAGUCACCCCAAAGAAACGAAAGUAUGAUUAUCCUUCUGACUUGCCGAGCACCGAGUCCCAUGAGGCUCUAAAGUCCCGAUUGAGAAAUACCAAGGAGAUGGAACUUCUGCCAUUUAAUAAUGAUGAGGAUGGGCUGUCCCCGUCUGCCGGUACACCGGCAGGUUCUCCGUCAAAAGGUUUCGUCUACAACGACGCAGAGGACGAGGUAGGAACUCAACUGCCAUCCAUGACCAACGUCAACCCUUCCAACACAGGACUUAGGGAAAUCGAUGCAAACGUCGCCGCAAGACCGCUCGCGUCUAAUACAGAGGACAAUUCUUCUGCAGAAAAGGACGGGUCACACAUUACCAGUCCGAGAGCCGCGGCCGAAACAGACGGCGUUGAGCCUCCGCCAUCAAAAAGACGCCGCUCAAAUUCAACCGCCGUUGAAACCAAACUACCAAACAAGAUACUUGCUAGGAGAAUGGCUGGGAUGAUGGAAGGGAGAGAGAACGUACCACCUCCUGGAGUUUCCGCUGGUCGUAGGCUGAGAGGUCGACCUUCACCCUGA